GUGUAAUUUUAGUUAUUAAAGAUUUUUGUAAAGAAAAUGUUGUAAAGUUUAUAUUAAAAUUACCUGAUAUAAUUUGAAAUAUCAAAGCUUUAAAAUGACAAAAUGACACUUCAUUCUCCAAAUGAAUAUCUGGAAUAUUGAAAGUCUGAGAAGAUUUAGAAUAGGUAAAUAUUGCUUGUGCAUGGAUUGUGUUGAAUGUUGGAUUUAGCAGAGCUAUCCCAAUAAAAUUAUCUAAUUCAAGUGUGUUUGAUAAAAAUGCAACUAAAGAAUACAUAAACUCAACCCUAAAACAUGUAUUGAAUAAUAGUACAGAAAAUGAUAUUUCUUUUUUGUUAAAACUUCAGAAGGUGCAAAUGAGUAUAUAUUGUGAGUUUAUACUUCGUGGAUUGUCUACAAUUUUUUCUGGAAUUGGUCUUAUUCUGCUGAUUGAACUUGAACUUCCAUCCACAAUCAAGUUUUUCAUUCAUAAAAAUAUGUUAUUGACCAAUCUGUUUUCAAAUUUUUUAUUUUUUUUUUAUCAUGAUGAUAUCCUAUACAAAAUCCAACAAAUUAGAUGGCUGUGUACAUUCUUUUCUUUUCUCGCUUAUUAUAUAUAUACAGCUGUGUUCACAUGGAUGUUAAACGAAGGAAUUAACAUAUGUUUUAAGUUAUGCUCUGUUUUUAAUACAUUGUCUGGUAAAAAAACUCAGUUCUUCUACUGUUUUAUUGGAUGGGGUUUCCCAGCAUUGAUUCAUGGAGUGUUGCUUUAUGUCUUUUUUGAACAAAUAAAUGAGGCAUAUUAUUGUGGUAUACUGCCUGAUACUAUAUUUAAAAGAGAAGAAGUUAUUAUCACCAAAUACCAUUCAUGGAUUUAUAAAGGACCAGUGGCAGCUAUACUUUUGGUGAAUACCAUUUGUUUUAUAUUUAUUCUGUUCAUUGUCACCAGAAGUGUUUUCAACAAGAUAAGGCCAUACAGUAAUUUGAAGAAGUUUGGUGCAACACUUCGAUCGGCUUUGGCAAUAUACCCUCUUCUUGGUGUCACAUGUAUUCUGUAUUUAGUUCCAAUUAGUGAAAACGGCACACUUGAAUUCACUUCAAUAAUUAAUGGAAUUAUGGGAUUGGUUUUUUUUCUAUUUCACAUUAUUUUAGACAAGCAAGUGCGAGUGGCAUUUAUAAAACAGGUAUUCUCAAGAAAUCUGACUACAAAGUUAUUGUGUAGAAAAACAAUGGUUCAUCGCUUCAAAGAACCUGCCACACGAUUUAAACUUGAUACUAAUGUUCUAACAAAUUCAUCAAAUGAGAACUCACCUGUAUUUAACUCUCGCUUUACUAUCCUUAAAUCCUCAUCCAUCAUUAUUGAUCUUGAAAAACUUGGUAAAAGAACAUCAAAAUUUGUAUAUGGUCAUCAAUCUGAACCUUCUCUAGUUAGUUCUGAAAAUACAUCUUACUUAUUUGCCAGAAAAUCUUCAACGCCAUUUGUUGAUAUUCGAAAAUCGGUUAGUAUCGACGAAAGCUGCUACUCUGAAGUUUCAUGUUUGUAAAUUAUUUAUUAAAUAUAAUGCAAAUCAAGCGAAAUCAUAAUAAAAAAUUAGAUUUUUGCUUUUGAAAACAACAAGAUUUUAAUUGGUAUUUUAAUUGU